AUGAACAAAAGUAUCUUUGACCCCUGCCUACACUUUGGUCAUGUAGUUCAAACGAAGACGAAGGAUGGAGAGACAUUCGAAGGGGAACUCUACUGUUACGAUACAAAUUUCAAGUUCAUAAUCAUUAAGGAUGAGAGUAAAAAUGGCACUGCAAACUUUUACAUUAUUAAGACAGAUAUUAUCGUAGAUAUAGAGAUACGAAGAAGAAUAAAAAUUCUGCAUGACCCUCUUCCACAAAUUGAGAGGUCCCUCAUCGAGAAAAUCGAAAAGAAGGCUUUAGAAAACUUUGAACAAAUCAAGGCACGUAUAGGUAUUGGCGUAACGCAGGAAGCACAGGAGCUCUUCGAUUUUAUAUGGAAAACGCAUCCAGACUGCACUUGGAGCAAUAAAGACAUUUUGGUCCUUAACGGAGAAGUCAGGAUCAAGCCUCCUUAUGGACCCGAUAACUGCGUAGCGAAGAAUGAAAAUCUCAAGGAUAGAUUCUCGACCGUGAUCUCGAAGUUUCGCCAAAAGAAGAAUAAUAUGCCCAGUUGGGGCUGA